GAGGACGUCCUGAUGCUGCGAUGAUGGACAUCGUCUUCUGUCUCUCGUCGACGUGAUUUCAAAAAAUCAUAAAAAACAACACGUUCAGAUCACAUUUGAGCAGAAGCACAUUUGUGUCCGCGAGGACAGCUGCAGAAUCAGCAUCAUGUUGGCCAGGAAGGGCCUCCUGCCGGACGGCUUCCUGCUGACUCGUCUCGCCGAGGACCAGAACCAGCCGAACCGCAGCCGCACCAGAUCCCAGAGAGCCCGCUUCAUCACCAAGACCGGAUCCUGCAAUGUGGCUCACAAGAACAUCAGGGAGCAGGGCCGGUUCCUGCAGGACGUCUUCACCACCAUGGUGGACCUGAAGUGGCAGCACUCCCUCCUCAUCUUCAGCUCGGCCUUCAUCUGCUCCUGGAUGCUCUUCGCUAUGAUCUGGUGGCUCCUGGCUUUCGCCCAUGGUGACCUGGAGCCCCGCGACCCCAACGGCGAGCCGGGCCCCGAACCCUGCGUCACCGCCAUCCACUCCUUCACCUCCGCCUUCCUCUUCUCCAUUGAAGUCCAGGUGACCAUCGGGUUUGGUGGCAGGAUGGUGACAGAGGAGUGUCCUCUGGCCAUCACGGUGUUGAUCAUCCAGAACAUUCUGGGGCUCAUCAUCAAUGCGGUGAUGCUCGGCUGCGUCUUUAUGAAGACGGCUCAGGCCAACCGCAGAGCGGAGACGCUCAUCUUCUCCAGAAACGCCGUCAUCGCUCCUCGAAACGGGCGACCGACGUUCAUGUUCCGACUUGGGGACCUGAGGAAAAGUAUGAUCAUCUCUGCCACCAUUCAACUGCAGGUGAUCCGGCGGACGGUGACGUCAGAGGGUGAGGUGAUCCCAGUUUGUCAGCUGGACAUCCAGGUGGAGAACCCUCUGAGGAGCAACGGCAUCUUCCUGGUUUCUCCUCUGAUCAUCAGCCACACCAUGGAGAGAGGAAGUCCCCUGUACGGGCUCUCCGCCCAGUCACUGGCAUCCGAGGACCUGGAGAUCAUCGUCAUCCUGGAAGGUGUGGUGGAGACGACAGGGAUCACCAUGCAGGCUCGCACCUCAUACAUUCCCGAAGAGAUCCUGUGGGGGAGGAGAUUCGUCUCCAUCCUAACGGAGGAGGACGGUCGCUACUGUGUCGACUACUCAAAGUUCGGGAACACAGUUCCCGUACGGAUGUCGUCGCUCAGCGCCAAAGAGCUGGACCAGACCAGCGGCGUCCAGGAGAGGAGGUCCGACACCCAGCUGCAGGGGUGGGGUUUGGUCAGAGCCGGCAGGGGAGGUUUCCGCAGAGGAGGCCGGGCCUGUGAUGGCUCCGCCCCUCACCCCUGGUACGCCCAAUCAGAGGAAGCAGAGAAAGUGGUGGAGCAGAAAGGACAGAAGAAGACGGUGCAGCUGGAGGUGAUUGGACGACAGAUCGAAGAGGACGGACUGGGAGACAUGAGCGAGUGAAACCAUGGAAACAGCUUCGUAGCACAAAUUGCGAUCAUCAGACAGUUUACCAAUUUUAUCCAUGCAACUUAUGGCCUCAGUUA